GUCGGAUGCCGCGGAAGUCAUGCGCGGCUUGACUAGGCGGUUCCGCUCGCUUCAGUCUCGGGGUGGGGGUGAAGGGAAGUGGUUGUUUUUGUCGUAGCUGCAGGAGGCGAGGCGUAGGCAGGCCUGAGGAGUAGUUGCAGCACGAUGCCCACCGUGGAGGAGCUGUACCGUAAUUACGGCAUCUUAGCCGACGCGAAGGAGACCGCGGCUGAGCACAAAGAUGCUUACCAGGUGAUCUUGGAUGGUGUCAAGGGAGGUGCCAAGGAGAAGAGAUUAGCAGCACAAUUUAUUCCGAAAUUUUUCAAACAUUUCCCUGAAUUAGCAGAUUCAGCUAUCAAUGCCCAACUGGACCUUUGUGAGGAUGAAGAUGUGUCUAUCCGGCGCCAAGCAAUCAAAGAAUUACCACAGUUUGCUACUGGUGACAACCUUCCCAGGGUGGCAGACAUACUCACCCAACUUCUUCAAUCAGAUGAUUCUGCAGAAUUCAACUUAGUUAACAAUGCUUUACUAAGCAUAUUUAAGAUGGAUGCCAAAGGAACACUGGGUGGCUUAUUUAGUCAGAUUCUCCAAGGAGAGGAUAUUGUGCGAGAAAGAGCCAUCAAAUUCCUCUCCACAAAACUCAAAACACUGCCUGAAGAGGUGUUAACAAAAGAAGUAGAAGAGCUCAUACUAACAGAAUCAAAGAAGGUGCUUGAGGAUGUGACAGGAGAAGAGUUUGUCUUAUUUAUGAAAAUACUAUCUGGCCUAAAAAGUCUGCAGACAGUGAGUGGGCGGCAGCAGCUAGUUGAACUAGUGGCUGAACAAGCUGACCUUGAACAGACUUUUAACCCAUCUGACCCUGAUUGUGUGGAUAGACUCUUGCAGUGUACUCGUCAAGCAGUCCCACUUUUCUCAAAAAAUGUUCAUUCCACAAGAUUUGUCACUUACUUCUGUGAGCAUGUGCUGCCAAACUUGAGUUCUCUGACCACCCCAGUUGAAGGCCUUGAUAUCCAGUUAGAGGUACUGAAACUGCUUGCUGAGAUGAGCUCUUUUUGUGGAGACAUGGAAAAGCUAGAAUCAAAUUUAAAGAAGCUUUUUGAUAAAUUACUGGAAUACAUGCCACUCCCUCCAGAAGAAGCGGAGAAUGGGGAGAACGCUGGGAAUGAAGAGCCAAAAUUGCAGUUCAGCUAUGUGGAAUGUUUGUUAUAUAGCUUUCAUCAACUAGGCCGAAAACUUCCAGACUUCCUGACAGCCAAGCUGAACACAGAGAAAGUGAAAGACUUUAAAAUCAGACUACAAUAUUUUGCUAGAGGACUGCAGGUUUACAUCCGACAGCUUCGUUUGGCACUCCAAGGCAAAACAGGAGAAGCAUUAAAGACAGAAGAGAACAAAAUUAAAGUGGUUGCACUGAAAAUUACAAACAACAUCAAUGUUUUAAUCAAGGAUCUCUUUCACAUUCCCCCUUCAUACAAGAGCACAGUUACACUCUCGUGGAAACCUGUACAGAAAUCUGAAGUUGGGCAAAAAAGAGCAAGUGAAGAUGCAACUUCAGACUUGCCAACAAAGAAGGCUCCAGCAGGACCAAAAAGGGAUGCCAGGCAGAUAUACAAUCCACCCAGUGGGAAAUACAGUAGUAACCUGGGCAAUUUUUCUUACGAGCAGAGAGGUGGUUUCCGUGGUGGACGAGGGAGAGGUUGGGGUGGACGUGGUAAUCGCACUCGUGGAAGAAUCUACUGAAAUCAUUGGUGUUUUCAAUGCCACAAUAACUAAAAUAUCAACAUCUGAACGAUUGCCGCAAGGGCUGCAUUGUUUAACAGACUGUCUUCUGCAAAAGACUGAUUUAAAUGUUCUUACACCUUUGUAUGUAUGAUCUACUUUUCUAAUGAACUGCACACUCACCCACAGUAAAGCUACAACUGUAUUUUUGGAUGUUUAACAGCUGGCAUUUUGAGUUUGUGUCUGGGUUUUUUUUAAAGUAUCUUCAAGAUUUAUUCAGGAAGGAAGCAUGGGUAUUCCAGCUGACGUUACUUCACUACAGAUGUUACAUUCAUCUAUAAAUAUAGCUAUACAAAGUAGACUCUUUAAUGUAUAAUUUUCAUGUUCUAGAUAAUGUGUGAUGUUAUAAUUGAAGUUGAAAUCAGUAGCAACCCUCCAGACAAAAUAAUAUUUUUGCAGUAAGUGGGGAAAAGUGAUGUUGCAGAAAAAGUAGUAUAGGCUACCAGUGGUAGCAUUGACUGUUGAUAGAAAUCCUUGAUUUUUAAAGUGUGCAACAUGGAUGCAGAAGAAUCUGUACUCUUACCAUAAGCCAGUCCAUUUACUUGUUGGGGAGGGUGGGGCAGGGGAAAGACCUGGUGUUAACUUGAACACAUCUUACUCUUCUUCAUAUAUUGUAACAUAAUGUGUGUUUUGCAAAUGGCUUUUUAAAUGUUCUCUAUAAAUGUGUAUGUGCAUAUAUAUAUUUAUAUAUAUGUGCCAUAAAUAAUAGUGACAAAGAAUAAAACUGCUAGAAAUGCUACUGAAGAAUGUCAAAUCUGUGAUGCUGUGGCAAUUCUUCAGGAGUCUGUAAUAACUCUUUCCUGUUAAAGAGUUUGAAUCAGUUUAGCCUUUAGCAGAAGCUCUUUUGUUUUUGUUUUUAAUCGGUUAAAUGGCUAUGUUUACAAAUAUUAAGCAUGGCAUUAGAUACGUAAAAUUACAGCUAUUCAGUUGCACUUGGGUCAAAACGUAAAACAUGAUAUAAUAAUGAGGUCUUUAUAGUGAGAAGUAUCCCAGAAACUUUAUUUAAAAGAAUAUGAUGUAUCAAACUUGAUUUUCCUCCUCCAAUAUUUCCCAUUUAAAACAUUUGUUGGGCCUUUGGGGUUGUGGGCAGGAAACAGCAGCAUAAAAUGUAGGUAUCAGUUACAGAUGGCAGAAAAACUAACACUGCAGAAAUGUUUAAAUUACCCAGCUUCUGGCUUUAUAAGAAUCGCGAAUUCAUUUUUCCCCUAACACCCAAUUUACCUCUAGAACUUUGUGUCCAUAGUGAAAACCAAAUUUUUGCACACAAGGCAUUUGCAACAAGCUUCGUGUAUAUUGGGGAGAACUAGUUUAUAAACAGAAUAAAGACAUCAUCUUAAAUUGUUCUUUGAUCACUACAAUCUUUUUGUUUCCAAUAACUAGCCACAAGCUUUUCUAGUAAAAGAGGUGUUUAUGAACAAAUGGUUCAAGGAUAUUUGCUUGUACACAUGAUUCAGGGAAGACGAUUUCAAAAUGUUCACAGCAUGAUUGAAGGAUAUGAUUCUAAUUAAGGGAAAGCAUCCACAUCUCCUAUUAAAAUUUUGCUUUAAAAAUGGCCAGUUCAAAAUAAAAAUAGUUGAUCAAAAUGGAUAUUGAAAUAUUUUUGGUUAAAUCAAUAUGUUGCAUAUUUUGGCUAUUAUGACAAUUUGAGGUUUUUCUGAGAAUUUGAAAGCCUAAUUUUUAAGGAUGUGUAAUCAGUAUGCACAGGUAGCUUUGGGCGGGGGGGUCCCUUUAGUCACAAGACGACAUAUUUCUAUUCAGAAAUAAUGUGCAGAUUGUCCUUAGAAAUAACUAGCUUUCACUUUUUGUUGAUGCAGUGAAUUCAUUUUUAGAGAGACACCCUUAACUACAUUCUAUUUGUAAAAUUUCCUUUAUGCCUUUGCAAUAAAUCCAUUUUGUAAUUUUGUUAGUGA